CGAGGACAGAGGAGGCUCGACCCUCACCCGCCCCAGGACCAGGGACCCCCACCGGGACCCCUACCAGGACCCCUUCCAGAACGGCUCCUGGGGCCCUGACCGCCAAACCCCCGCUUGCCCCCAAGCCGGGAACCACAGUGGCCUCAGGAGUGACUGCACGGAGUGCAUCAGGACAAGUGACAGGUGGGCAUGGAGCUGCCGCAGCAACAUCAUCAGCAGGACAGGCUCCUGAGGACCCCUUAGGCCCUGGCGCAGGCCCCUCGGGGACUUGUGAGGCUCCGGUAGCUGUCGUGACCGUGACCCCAGCUCCGGAGCCUGCUGAAAACUCUCAAGACCUGGGCUCCACGUCCAGCCUGGGACCUGGCAUCUCUGGGCCUCGAGGGCAGGCCCCGGACACGCUGAGUUACUUGGACUCCGUGAGCCUCAUGUCUGGGACCUUGGAGUCCUUGGCGGAUGAUGUGAGCUCCAUGGGCUCAGACUCAGAGAUAAACGGGCUGGCCCUGCGCAAGACGGACAAGUAUGGCUUCCUUGGGGGCAGCCAGUACUCGGGCAGCCUUCCUUUCCCCUUCAUAUUCAGGCUAGAGAGCUCCAUUCCCGUGGACGUGGCUCGGCAGCGGGAGCUCAAAUGGCUGGACAUGUUCAGUAACUGGGAUAAGUGGCUGUCACGGCGAUUCCAGAAGGUGAAGCUGCGCUGCCGGAAGGGGAUCCCCUCAUCUCUCAGAGCCAAGGCCUGGCAGUACCUGUCUAAUAGCAAGGAACUUCUGGAGCAGAACCCAGGAAAGUUUGAGGAGCUGGAACGGGCUCCUGGGGACCCCAAGUGGCUGGAUGUGAUUGAGAAGGACCUGCACCGCCAGUUCCCUUUCCACGAGAUGUUUGCUGCUCGAGGGGGGCAUGGGCAACAGGACCUGUACCGAAUCCUGAAGGCCUACACCAUCUACCGGCCUGACGAGGGUUACUGCCAGGCCCAGGCCCCCGUGGCCGCGGUCCUGCUCAUGCACAUGCCUGCGGAGCAAGCCUUUUGGUGCCUGGUGCAGAUCUGCGACAAGUACCUGCCAGGUUACUACAGUGCAGGGCUGGAGGCCAUUCAGCUGGACGGGGAGAUCUUUUUUGCGCUCCUGCGCCGGGCCUCUCCGCUGGCACAUCGCCACCUGCGGCGGCAGCGCAUCGACCCUGUGCUCUACAUGACGGAGUGGUUCAUGUGCAUCUUCGCCCGUACCCUGCCCUGGGCAUCGGUGCUGCGUGUCUGGGACAUGUUUUUCUGUGAAGGCGUUAAGAUCAUCUUCCGGGUGGCCCUGGUCCUGCUGCGCCACACGCUGGGCUCGGUGGAGAAGCUGCGCUCCUGCCAAGGCAUGUAUGAGACCAUGGAGCAGCUGCGUAACCUGCCCCAGCAGUGCAUGCAGGAGGACUUUCUGGUGCACGAGGUGACCAAUCUGCCAGUGACAGAAGCACUCAUUGAGAGGGAGAAUGCAGCCCAGCUCAAGAAGUGGCGGGAAACACGGGGGGAGCUGCAGUAUCGGCCCUCACGGCGACUGCAUGGCUCCCGGGCCAUCCAUGAGGAGCGCCGGCGGCAACAGCCACCCCUGGGCCCCUCCUCCAGCCUCCUCAGCCUCCCUGGUCUCAAGAGCCGAGGCUCCAGGGCAACUGGAGGGGCCCCCUCCCCGCCGCCUCCCGUCCGCAGGGCCAGUGCUGGGCCUGCCCCAGGGCCUGUGGUCACUGCUGAGGGACUGCAUCCAUCCCUUCCCUCACCCACUGGCAACAGCACCCCAUUGGGUUCCAGCAAGGAGACCAGGAAGCAGGAGAAGGAGCGGCAGAAACAGGAGAAGGAGCGGGAGAAGGAGCGGCAGAAGCAGGAGAAGGAGCGGGAGAAGGAGCGGCAGAAGCAGGAGAAAGAGCGGGAGAAGCAGGAGAAGGAGCGGGAGAAGCAGGAGAAGGAGCGGGAGAAGCAGGAGAAGGAGCGGCAGAAGCAGGAGAAGGAGCGGCAGAAGCAGGAGAAGAAGGCUCAAGGCCGGAAGCUUUCGCUGCGUCGAAAGGCAGAUGGGCCCCCAGGCCCCCACGAUGGUGGGGACAAGCCCUCAGCAGCCGAGGCCCGGCAGGACGCUUACUUCUGACCUCUGCCCUGGGGCUGGACUGCAUGGCCCCCUUCUUUCCCUCAGCCAAGAGCAGGCCUGGCCCGAGGUGCCACCCCCUAGCCCCUCGGCAGGCUGUCCCUCACUGGGGAAAGUGGCUUGGUUCCCCAUCUCCUCGCCAGCCGCUGAUCCCUACACAGGCAGGACAGAUGGGCAGCUGCAAACGAGUCUGGAGCCUCUCAUCUCCCAUGAGGCUCAGCUGGGGUCUUUGUCGCUCCUGCCCCAGUUCCCUCUGGGUCCCCUACUAGGUGCUGUCCUGAUUGGCCCGUUGUCAUCCCAGGGGUGACUCCUGGUGAUGGGAGUCAGCAGUUUCAAAUUCUUACACUCCAUGGCUCCCCUUACCAUGAGGUGGAGCUGGCUUCCUUUUCCCUGUCUUCAGCCCUCCCUGUCUCCAAUUCCUGGCCAGGGCUCUCCUGGACCUUUCUGUGUUGUAAUUAUGUACAGAGGAUGGGGUUGGCCUGGGGUGGGGAUGCUCGCUUUUGUCUUCUGUCCUUUGGUUCUCCUUCCAUAAUGCUCCUGUACCCAGUUUAUUUAAGGGGACAUGCACUGGAAUAGGAAAUGUCCCCCAUAUCCCUUCCCGCACCCUGCUGUGCACCCUCCAAACCCACCUUGCUCUGUGUUCUCAGGCCCCCCUGCUUUGUCUCACCAGGACCCCUACCUUUCACCUUGUUCCCUUCCACCCCUCCAGUUAGUCCCUAUCUGGGUAAGGGUCUUCCCUUGAGCUCCAGGGGGUGGAACCCAAUGUUUACAUUCUCUUCUGUCUCUGCCCCCACCCCAUGCAGCGCUUUGAGGAAUCAGAAAAGAACCUGCUGUUGUACCUG